AUGACUCACCUUCUAAGAGCCAUUGAAGAUUUGGGAAUGAGACAUAUGGAGGGACAAGAGCAAAUACUUCAUAUUCAGUCCAAAUGGAUGGAACAACAAGAAGAGUGGCAGAAACAACAUAUGGAGCAUCACCAGGAGCAAUACUCCCAACUGACUCAAGCCAUCCACCAAGUUACUGAGAGGCAAGAACGUCAAGAUAAGCAAUUGCAAGAACUCAAUCAGCGGGAGGAGUUCAACGUAAACACUCAAGCAAGGUUGAACUACAUGUCCAGUAAUAUGCAUCAUCUACACUAUGCCAUCCCUACAUAUGAUGAGGUCCAAAAAGAUUUUGUAGAACAAGAAGAGAGGAAGGUGAAACAACAAAAGGAAACACUCAAGAAGAAGAUGGAAGAUGGAGGUUUCUGGAAGAAACUGUUUGGAAAAGGCAAAGGGAGUGGGAGUACAAGCACUCAAGAGGGACACAAGGAAGACAAGCAAGGAGGAGAGCAUGGACAACCACAAGAAUAA